AUUAUAUUUCUUUUGUUAAUUUAUUACCAUAUGCGGAACAAAGUUUUCUGUUCCAAAUAUUUGACUUCUAUAAUAGGCCUACCAUAAAUGAUUUCUUACUGUUUUUUAAAAAAAUACUUUAUAUAGUUUGAUGUAACAAUGGUUGAGAAUAAAGGGAAGAAAUAAAAUGUUAAAUGGGAAACAAUAUAACUAUUAAUGUGAGAUCUGCUGUGUGUUGCCUUUAUUUCAUGCGUCCAGUUUUUGCGAGUUAUACGCAUUCCUGGGUACACAUAUUUUGUCAGAAAAUUUAGUUUUACCCAAUAACUCCAAAAAGUCAGAGGGAAAUUGUAUAGCCUAGGUGAAUAACACUGAUGUAGUAGCACCAAACCCUGGUUGUAAGCCUAAACAUGACAAAAACUGUGAACUUGUCCCCCAAAUCUGAUUGGUAUGUUGUUCCAUGUUCCACUUGGUGAAAUCAGGUACUGUAGUGUCAACAGGAAAAUGAGGGUGAGAGAAGGAGAAUAUGACCAGGACAUGAACUAGAGACUCAAGCCUGGGUAUUGAUCCUCGCAUGCCCUGAGCAUGUCCACUGCACCACAACUCUAGCUUAUUUUAUUCGUAUAGUAUUGUAUUUUCUAAUGUUAUUUUGCUGUAUCAUGCUCCACUGUUGUCAGUGUGCCAGAUCCUAAAAUGAGCAAGAUACAAAGUGUCGAGUUGAUUUGAGGUUAUUGAGUGAACUGAUGUAAACAGAACAGGACAGUUAGUAACAGGAAGAUGGUGCACCACAGGAAGUAGAUUCUCGAACAGUGAUGUGUCAGAUCCACCUGUCUACUUUCACACUGCUCUAAAAACCUGGAAAUGGCCUGGUGUGAACUGACAGUCUGUAUGUUAAAUGGCUGAGCUAUGAAAAAGAAAGUUCCUUCUUUGCACACUUUUGCUUUAACAGACCUCCAAUCAGCAGCUCCAUCCACUGACACCAUCCACCAGGGUCCCAGCAUUGCUAUUACAAAUAAUAUCUCUGCUGCUGUUAUUAAGGUGUUCAAGGGAGAGGAACUACAGCCGAAUGAGCUGUACUCCUUGUGUCAAAAUACCAGGUGGCUUCUAAGGGCGGAUAUGGGCUUCUUUAUCAAAGAGUAUUUCCAGAAUCAGAUUUUGACCAAAGGUCUAUCAAUUGUUUUGGAUGAGAUACAAAAGUAUGAAGGAGAGUCUGGAGAGAGACAGCUUUUUGUUUUGGCCCAGGUGUGGGACAGAUUUUUCUCUGAGAUUCUACCAACUUUACAAGCUAUUUUAUAUCCUCUGCAGGGACAGGAGUUGACAGUGAGACAGAUGACUCUUCUCGGCUUUAGGGAUCUGGUCCUAAUGAAGCUUUCUCUGGGUGACCUGCUGUGCAAGAAUCGAUCGCUUAUCCCAGCAUCCAUCACACAGAUGCUCCUUGUGCUACAGGGAAUUCAGGAAUCCAGAGGCCCUUCAAAGGAAUAUUGCCAGCUUGAAAGUCUGGUGGCGCUAGUGGUCACACCCUAUCUAUGGAACUGCAGGCACACAAGCUGCACUGAAGCUGAACAAAGCAUCACAAGAGCACACCCGAGUCAUCCUGAGAUAAGGAUAACUCAUUACAUCUCUGAAGGCUCUUUGCUGUCCCCUGUAUUAGAACAGGAAGGGGAGGUGUACCUAGAGCGAGUGGGAAACCUACGCCGCCACAGCGUGACAAAUGCUCAUUCUGACAUUCAGCUGCUCACCGUUACUAGCAGAAUGUAUUCUGGGAUGGACGACAGCUGUGAGAUCAUAGAUUGACAAGAACAACACAUCUUGAAAACUGCCAAUUAUGAAUGCAUCUGUGAGGACUAAAAAUGCACAGGAGAGACAGAAAACAGGACAUUGACAAUAAUUUAUAGGCACAUUUGAGCACUGAAUAUUUUGAUGAAAAAAAUAACACUAUGAAAAAAGGAUUUUUUGUCAGAUUUCCAGUGUCAAUACAAUUAUAAGAUAUACUUGCAUACAUUAUUAGUCCAUCUGAUUAAAGAAAAUGAUUACUUAUUUUGUCAAUGAUGUUCAAUGAAGCAAGCAGAACAUUCACACAUGUAAGCAAUAUUGGACACAAAUUAAGUAAGGUAAAUGGUGCCAUUUGGAUUAACAUUUUUGGAUUAAAGGUGCGGUCACAUUUA